UUUGUUUUAUUUGCCGUUGACUACACCAGAUCAUCUGCAAGAGUAUUGAGAUACGUGGACUUUUACAAUAAGCGAUAGCUAGCAGAAACACUGGCUGCACUAUCUGAACCAUUUUUAUCUUUAAACCUUAACUGCUCACUGUGUAAAGUGACCUGCUGAUUUGACUUGAACUGAAGAAGCUGAACAAUGGGUGGUAAUUUUCUGUCUCAACCCAAGAGGGAUGGCCCAGGCGAGUGUGACACUGACAGAGAUGUGAACAUGUCUUAUGGAGUGAUAGGACUGCAGGGAUGGAGACUUAAUAUGGAGGAUGCCCACUUGUGUAUACCAGCACUGAAAAAACAUAUCCAGAACAACAAAGAUUUGAAGUUACCGCCAGAUGAGCUGGAAAAGGUGCCGGAGUGCAGUUUGUUCGGUGUGUUUGACGGCCAUGGAGGUCACGAAGUGUCACAGAUGUGCUCCUCCAAGUUUGUGCAGUUCCUAAUGAACGAGGACAGUUUCAAGAGUGGCGACUACGAGCAGGCGCUGAAGAAUGUGUAUUUGAAGUUAGACCAGUUUGUGAUCUCGGAGGAAGGACAGGAGCUGCUGCAGAAGAUCAUAGAUGAUCAGGACGAGAUCGAAGAAGAGGAAGAAGACGACGAAGAAGAAGAGAACGAGGAGGCACAGCUGGAUGAUUUGGAAGAAGACAGUGAAGACGGAGAAGAGGAGGAGAAGGAGGAGGAGGAACAUGGAGAGGGUGAAAAGCACGAAAACGGAGUUGCUGACGAUGAUGAAGAUGAAGAUGACGAAGGUGUGUCAAGCGAAGGUGUGGGAGAACUGUUGAACUCGCUGAUGAACAAUGAUUUCAUGUCGUUCCUCGCCAAGAGGACUCAGCAGAUGAAGGAGGAGCUGAGUGCACUUGGCGAUGACGAGGACGACGAUGAUGAGUUCAAUCCAGACGAGAUUUCUGAGAGUGACGAAGAGGAGGAAGAGGAUGAUGAAGAUAGUGAUCAUGGUGAAAGUGGCGAAAAAGAUGACAAAGAGUGCGGCGAGAAAACUGAGGGAAAGAAGACCGAUGACAAAGAGGUGGACACAAAAAAGAAUGGAAAUACAGAUGAGAUUAAGUCAAAUUUGAAGAAUAAUGAAAGCACUGCAAUGGAACGUGGCGACACAUGUAACAGCAACGGUAUCAGCACAAAAUUAUCAAGUGAAGAGAACAAGGGUUCGAAUUGUAAAGAAACAUUAACAGACAAGCCUGAAGAACAAGAAAAAACAGAAGAGACAACAACGGAAGUGUCGAAAAGCAAGUCAAGUCGAAAGAAUAAAGCACCAAAGAAGUUGGAUACGCAAGGCAGCGGUGACAACAAUGAGCAACCUCAAGUGGGCGAUUAUGCACAGCUGGUGAAUGAAGACAGUUCAGAAGAUGAGCCACUCCUUGGCGGAGAGUCCCUCAUGCAAAAGCCUGGCUAUGAUUCUGGCUGCACAGCAGUGGUCGCUCUCAAAGUGGACUCGAAACUGUACGUGGCCAAUGCGGGCGACUCCAGGUGUGUGCUGUGCUACAAGGCAGCAGCAGCAGGCGAGGGUCAGCAGCAGCAGACAGUGGUGGCCCUGUCACGUGACCACACGCCCGCAGUGCAGGAGGAGGUGGACAGGGUGUACGAGGCGGGCGGCGAGAUACACGCGGGCAGGGUAGACGGGGGACUCAAUCUUACACGUGCAAUAGGUGACCACAGAUACAAGCAGGACUCAGACUUGCCCCCUGAGAAGCAGAGGAUCUCUUGUAUGCCAGAUGUUUCAGUUACUGAUCUGUCCAAGUCCAGAAGUGCAUCCGCAGACGCCACUGUCCUUAACGGAGCAUGCGGUCAGGAGGAGUUGGAUUUUUUGAUCGUGGGCUGUGAUGGCGUGUGGGAGUGUUUGACCAACGAGGUGGCAGCGCAAUCAGUCAAGGAGAGCAUGAAGUCUCAGAAUCUCUUCUUAACCGCACAGAAGUUGGCUCAGAAGUGUAUCUCGGACAGCUGCGACACAACAACGGGGCUGGAUAAUGUCACAGCUGUGAUUGCAACACUGGGAGCACACCAUCUGACGGAGAAACUAAUCUACACUCCGGAACGAAAAGCGAAGACCGCGAACAGCAAUUCUACUUACGACAAAGUGCCUUCAGACAAAAUUGACUCGACCAAUGAAGAGGGAAGCAAAGAAAGCAAUAAAUCUGAAAAUGGAGUGAACGGACAUCACGAGGCAAAAGAAAAUGGUGAGACUAAAUCGAACGGUGAGAAUGAAAACGAAACUGAAAAUGGUUGCACAAGUGACAAAUUGAGCAACGGUUCGGAUAAAACAGAAGACCUGAAAAGACGCAAUAUAGAAGGUUCUCCGGUGACAGCUAACGGAGACGUAAUUGAGAGAGACUCGAAAGUUGCAAAAACUGAUGUGGAUGUUGCAAACUGAAUCUAGUCUAACCUCAUCUGCCAUAUUUUGAUAUGAUGUUAAUAGUUUGUCUGUUUUAUGUUGAAUUUUUGAGUCGCUUUGAUUUCAAGAGUAGUUGAACGAGUUGUACCAAUUGAUCGAUUUUUUCUUUG